UUAAAAUGAUUUCAGCUCUGUUGAUUUGUGCAGUCUACCACAUUACAUUACUACGCUACAAACGUGUGCGGAAACCAUGGAUUAUGGAAGAGUCUUUCUUCGGGCCUUUGGACUGGGAUUUCUCUGUUUAACCAUAAGUUCAACGGCCCAGCAUUAUCAGUGUGCAUGGAAGUUGAUGCAACCAAGAAGGCAUCGUUGCACUGGUUAUUAUUUUACGGAGAUUUUACAGGUGCAUGGAAGUUGAUGCAACCAAGAAGACAUCGUUGCACUGGUUAUUAUUUUACGGAGAGAAAAAUGAGACCUUAAUUUUGUUUUUGGCAUUCCUGUUCUUAGCAGUGCAUCGAACCGAAGAAACAUCGUUUACACUUACCGGUAUAUUCUACGAAACUGAUAGAAAUUUCGUGCAUCUUGCACUUUUGCAUUGUAUCAGUGGUAUUUUCUGGGGUGUCAAUUUGGUUUUACCACAUUUUACAAGCCGUUUAUAUAUUUUGGGGUGGGUCACCAUAAGUUCGUAACGGUAAAGCAUGGCGCUGGUAUUUCGGGGAGGACUUCUACAUCGGAGAGGGUCACUAACUGAGGCAAUACGAAAAUUUGGCGUGCCAACAAACGACAUUCUCCAAUUUACGACACAUCUGAUGGAUAUAACAUCCCUAAAAAGUUUUUAACCGGCAGUUACCCCACAAACUCAAACCCCCAAUCGGUGGCACGUGAUUUGAAAACCUGUAUUCCAUGUGGUUAAUCAUUAAUAAAAAUUACCAUGACGCGCUCAUCGAUUUCGUUAUCGUGGAAGAUACGACCGGCUCACACAAUACAGAAUGCCGUGCGUUUUCGGGAUACGUGAGCAAUAAUUUUACUUGUGAUACGGACGGAACGACGGAUCGUGUGAAUUGUCCGUCCGAAACUGUUGUUUCUACACCAGACCCCAACCCGGCAACCGGGCGACAGUGCAGAAACCAGUCAACCACGCUGACAUGGGCUUGGAAUACAACGACCUUUCGACCAACCGUGACGGCCGCUGUAGCGAAUACCACCACUUUUCGGCCGCCCACCACUAGUACGACUGCUCCAGCGGUAAUCCCGUCUUAUCUGGCUAAUCCGUUGAACAUCACCUGCCGUCUUGGACGAAUCAACCUCCCGGAACCGGAUCUGGAUCUGGCGGACGCGGUGACGACCGUGUUUGACGGUGACAACACCCUCAAUUGCCGCGUGAUACUGCACGAUCUGCAUUCGUGGAUUGUGGCGAAAACCGAUGUGUCCCGACAGAAACGAGCAUCGUUCUACGAACCCAUUAAAGUAGAGUGUACACGGGGGAGCUUGACCGUAUCGAAUGUGGACCCCGGCACAUCGGAAUCAACGGGUUUUGUCUUCCGCACCGGUGCAUCCAAAAACUGCAUCGAUACUUAUAGAAAAUUCUUGGACUAUGUGACUGGUUUUGCGGGGAAUCGGGUUGGGUAGUUUGUCGAUGACCACGAUUUGUCCAAUGCAACAUCCGUUCGGAGUGACAGUUAUCAACACUUCGAUGACUUCCACAUUUGCUAACAACACCGGUCAACUGAAGUAUUUAUUUUAAACGUAAUGUGAUUUGUCCGUGAUUCCUUCCUUUGGAGAUUUGCAAAUUUAAAAUCACAGAA